CCGUUUGCAGGAUCUGAUUGCCGACAUAUUGGUGCUUCCUCUUUAUUCAUUGUUUAGAAUUCUUUUACAAGCUUUCUCUUUUGUGCAAUACCUAUCUAUCUAUCUAUCUAUCUAUCUAUCUAUAUUUCUAUAUAAAUGUAUUAUUUUUGGGUCUGCACUGUGAAAACAUAAACAAGAGAGGACCUUUUCAUUGUGCCGUCAUUAUGUGCUGAACCACAAACAUCAUGCUGGUGUCUAUGCUUUCUUAAUAAGAACUUACACAAGUAAUAUCACAUGAUUCGUUAUCUUAAAAAAGUUUUUCUAUAUAAUAAAUUUUUAUUAAAAAGAUAAUAAUACUUUACUUAAGUCAUUUUAUUAGUUACUAGAGAAAAAGUAAACAUUCUUUGCCUCACCACUGAAAAAGGCGAACACUCUUUGUCUGGGGUUUCUUGAUUCAAAAGUAGUCAAAAGAAUCAGCAUCCCUUCAAUUGUUCUCAUUUGCAGUGAGUUCAGUUCUGUUCUCCAAUCUCUUUUUCUUCAGUUAUACUGACUCUGAGUCUCUUUGAUGGAGUUUGCAUGAGGAAAUCGCCCCAGUGUUCCUGUCUCCAAACUCAAAGAUUGCUUUAAGAAUCUUGAUAUCUGUUAACAUGCCCAGCGUUUUACUUGAAACUCAGCAAAUAGGUGAUAGCUUGAAGUACUCAUCCCCUGAAUCGCCUCUCUCUUCUUUCCAAGCUCCUUAUUACCUCACUGUAAAAGACAACGAAGAACCAUCUCCUUCAUCAUCAGUAAGUAAAAUCAGCCCACUUAUUCUGUUAGUGAUAAUAGUUCUAGCAGUCAUCUUCUUUGUCUAUGGAAUCGUUCAUUUGGUUCUUUGGCUUCUGACGAAAACUCCAUCGUCCUCUUCACCUUUAUAUCAUUCCAAUAGAUUCCCAGAAUCCACGCGUUCUCGUGUGUUUCAAAGGCAGCUUCAUCAUCUCUUUCGCUUACAUGAUUCAGGAUUAGAACAAUCUCUCAUAGACGCGCUUCCUGUUUUUUACUACGAGGAUGUCUUGGGUCUGAAAGAACCCUUUGAUUGUGCUGUGUGUCUGUGCGAAUUCUCUGAGCAGGACAAGCUGAGACUGUUGCCAAUGUGUGGCCACGCUUUUCACAUCAGUUGUCUAGACACGUGGCUUCUCUCAAACACCACAUGCCCUCUCUGCAGAGCGACAAUCUCAUCAAGUUCUGGUUUUUCCAUGGAAAACCUAUUAUUCAAUGAUGAGAAUUCAUGGGUUUUGAAUAGAUUCAAAGGAGAUGAAGAGAAUGUCACCAGGUGUUCAGAUGCUCAGAGAGUACUAGGCAGUGAAGAUGGAAUGAUUGAAAAAAGGGUUUUUUCUGUGAGACUUGGAAAGUUCAGAAACAUUAACGGAGGAGCAGAAGAGGUUGGAGAAGAAGAGGGUGGUAGUAGUAACAUGGAUGGAAGGAGAUGCUUCUCCAUGGGUUCGUAUCAGUAUGUGGUGAGUGGCUCAAAUCUGCAAGUGGUGAUGUCUGAUGUUUCGGACAAUGAGGAAGCUGUGGAGGGGAAGAAGAUAGGAGAUAGAGUUAAAGGUGAGAGCUUCUCUGUUUCGAAGAUCUGGCUUUGGUCCAACAAGAGCAAGUAUCGAAGUUCUUCUGAUGACGCUGCUUUGCCUUGGUUACUGUAAGUAGUUCAGUUCACAAUGAAGGUGAAGUUUUUUCUAUAUUCAGAAUUUCAUGACAAUAAAAUGUGCUUUCUUGGUCUCGACAUAAUGGUAAACAUACACGGGGCUAUACAUUGUUGGUUUUG